UGUCUUCCAGGGCCUGCCAAAGGGAAGCAUGUUUCGCUCCUAGGACCCGCCUCCCUCGCUUCUCCUCUCCUCCCGGGAAAGUCCUGAGAAUGAUCCUUCCCUUCCUUCAGCCUGCCCUUUUAUUCUUCCUGGCGUCUGCGACUUCCUUCCCUAAGGAUUUGACUCCGCUCAGCACCGUCGGCAGGGCAGGAACAUCCCAGUAUCCUGUUUUCCGUGGCCUCGCAGGAGACAAUGACACUGCCCAGCUAGGCCUGGAUUUCCAGAGCAUGCUGAGACUCAACCAAACCCUUUUCAUUGCCGCGCGAGACCACGUCUAUGCCUUUGAUCUCCGACGGACCAAAGACGACUUCUCUCCAAAAAGGCACCUCACAUGGAAGACGCAAGACAUGGAAAAUUGUGCGAUGAGAGGAAAGCUCCGGAAUGAAUGUUACAACUACAUCAAAGUCUUGGUUCAGAAGAACGAAGAAACCCUCUUGGCCUGUGGGACAAAUGCCUUCAACCCCAUGUGCCGGACCUACAAGAUCAGCAACUUGGAGCAGGAAGGGGAGGAGCUGAACGGACAAGCGCGGUGUCCCUUUGACGCGAAGCAGAACAACGUGGCGCUUUUCGCAGAAGGAAAUCUCUAUUCCGCCACGGUGGCAGACUUCCAAGCCAGCGACACCGUCAUCUACCGAAGUCUGGGCGAGAGGAGUCCGGUGCUGAGGACCGUCAAAUACGACUCCAAAUGGCUGAGAGAACCACAUUUCCUGCAUGCGCUCGAGUACGGCAAUUAUGUCUAUUUCUUCUUCCGGGAGAUCUCCAUGGAAUACACCACUUUGGGACGGGUUAUCUUCUCCCGGGUGGGGCGGGUGUGCAAGAACGACAUGGGGGGCUCUCCCCGAGUGCUGGAAAAAUACUGGACCUCCUUCCUCAAAGCUCGCCUCAACUGCUCCGUCCCUGGAGAUUCCUUUUUCUACUUCGACGUCCUUCAGGCUGUGACGGACGUGACGCAGGUGAACGGCCGGCCGGCCAUCUUCGGGGUCUUUGCCACCCAGUCCAACAGCAUCACGGGCUCAGCUGUCUGCGCCUUCUACAUGGAUGAAAUAGAGAGGGUCUUCAACGGCAAGUUCAAGGAGCAGAGGAACGUGGAUGCGGCUUGGACCCCCAUCCCAGAGGAGAAAGUACCACAGCCCAGACCAGGCUGCUGUGCUGGUAUCGGAAAAGCGUCCAGCUUCAAAACCUCCAACAGCUUCCCGGACGAGAUGCUUGGCUUCAUCAAGUCCUUUCCUCUCCUUGAUGAAGCUGUGCCCUCGGUCAUGGAGCAGCCCUGGUUUACGAAGACCACCAGCAGGUACAAGCUGACCCGUCUGGCUGUGGACACAACGGCCGGCCCCUUUCGAAAUUACACGGUCCUCUUUCUGGGCUCAGAAGACGGUACAGUGCUGAAGGUCCUUUCCGCCGCCACUGAGAAUUCCACGGUCCAGACUUUGCUGCUGGAGGAGAUCUCUGUCUACAACCCAUCGCUGUGUAGCGUCAGGAGGGAAGACCGGCGCGUCCUGGGGCUCGAACUUGACAAAGCCAACCACGCCGUUUACGUGGCCUUCUCUGGGUGCGUGGUGCGAGUCCCUCUCAGUCGCUGCGCUGCCUACAGCGCCUGCCGCAGGAGCUGCUUGGGAUCCCGCGAUCCGUACUGCGUUUGGCUGAGCACAGGGGCCUGCGUUGCGUUCAGCAGCGAGAUCAGAGGCGGCUUUGAGCAAGACGUCGAAGGCUCCGUCAAGUACGUGGGGAACUGCCAAGAUGUCGUAACGGCCCCCGGGAGCCGCGAUGGCACCAGCGACUCUGCAUAUGGAAAGACGCAGACCUCCGCCGCCACCACCGCUCUCUCCUCUCCCUUCCCAGAAGCGCCCACUGGGUCUCCUCCCGCUAGCUUGGCUCCCGACGCCCGCCUGGCCCCGGGCGCAGGAGGGCCACGCUCCACCCUCCACGUGGCUGUGAGCAAGCAGGGCGUGCGUCAGGAGUCGGGCGGUCGCGAGGACGCCCCGACGGUCCACUUCACCUUCCUGAUCGGAUGCAUCUUCGUGGCCUUCGUCUUGGGGGCUUUCCUCUCAGGGCUGCUGGUCUCCUGCUACUGCAACCACAGCUUCCAGAAGGCCAAGAGGGCAGGGAAGGACUCAGAGGGCGGCCUCCAGCGCCCGCUGUCGCUGCGGAGCCUGGCCAAGAUGAACGGGUUGCUGGAGGCGCAGGCCAAAGAUGCCUUGGCCGAAGGCGCCCCCACCAAGCUGUACACCACCUUGCUCCCCAGCGAGAAGGAACCGCCGGCCACCUCCGUCACAGCCAAGGCGGGCGUCAAGGACCACCACCCGGAGCUGUCCGGUUUGCCCACCCCGGAAUCCACCCCGGAGCUCCCCGUCAAGAACAUGAAAGCCAUUCGCAACCAGUGGGAGAAGAACCAGAAUUUCAACAACGCCAAGGAGUCGCAGGGGAAGGUGCCCUUGUUCCACACCCCCGUCUCCAACGCCCACCCUUUUCCGUUCGCCAGCGCCGUGGCAGGGCCCGGGCACCUGCGCGGCUACGAGGCCCCCCUGGCGGGCUACCUGGACGAGAAGAAGAUCCCGAACCCAGAACGGGUCCUGGUGCGGCACUCCCAGUGCUACUUGCCCAAAGGGGUGGAGGUGGCCGCCCUAGAGGAACUUCUCAAACACCUCCACGAAGCCGAGGGCUCCUCGGCCAAGGGCCUGGCCGGCCCCCGCUUCGCCCCCGCGGCCGUUUCCUUCGCCAACCGGGUGCAGCCCCAGAUCCCGGACGUGGAGAGCGCCCCGUACUACAGCUCCUCCACGCUGCCCAGGGACAGCCUGCCGCGGAGGCUGGACGUGCCGCCGGACCCGCCCGCGGCCGGCGAGAAAGCGGGCGCCCGGCUGCACAGACACUCGCUCUGCGGCCGCCCCCAAGCUGGUGAACGUUGGCGGGGGCGUGCUGUCGCGCCACCACAGCCUGGGCCAGGCGGGCCGGCCGCCCUCGUCUCUCCUGACUCGCAUGCACUCCACGGGGACCUCGGUGCCCCACGAGGGAGCCCAUCCUGCCAUCUUCCUCUCCCGGCAGCACAGCUACGGCGACCAGGUCCCGCUGGCCGGCCACGGGGGCAUCAAGCGCUCGGUCUCCCUGGUCAAGCCAGGAGGGGGCGCCCAGGGGCUUUUCAUGCCGUCCUCGCCCCCAGCCCAAUCCUCCAGGCAAUUCAGUUACUGAGCCUCCAGGGUUUGUUUUUCGGACGCCCGGAGCUGUGCCGGGGGGCGAACGAGGCCUAAAUUGGGGUCCCCCGCCGCCGUAGCCGUUCAAGAUGGAAGGCAAGCAGAGGGACCCGCUUCUGCCAACCUGCCUACAACUGGACUACAACUCCCAGCGUGCCUUGCAGCGGUUCGCCGGGGGGCAGGGCGUUUGCAUAUGGGAAAUGGUGGGAGGGGAAGCGCUGGGUUUUCCUCUCUCCCCAUUGGCUGCCUCCUGCUGCGGGCAGUUCUUUUGACCUAUCUGGUCCUCCCCGUGACCACUGAGCCAAGUUGCCAAAAUAAGCAGAUUCCGCUCCUUUUUCCUGUCUUCGAAGGCAUUUAGACAGGUGGCUUUGAGGGGCAAAGGCCGUUCCUGAAUCCCGGGCACCCGCAAUUGAUGCACCAAUAGGGGCUACCGCAGCUCUUUUCGCCUCGCCUUCGUGCAAUUCUGCUUCCGAAAAUUCAGGCAGGCUGGUUUGGGGGGCAGGAAGUAGAUGGCCAAGAUGGGGAUUCACAAAGGGAGAAGGAAAGUAGCAAUUGGUUGUUGUAGGAGAAGUCCGGGCGACUUCUGUGUCCCGAUCGCCCCCGUUUGAGGACUUGAGGGCUAGAAGCUUGCUAAAGCAGAACGCAAACUCUUGAGCUUUCUAGAAUGUUGGGUUUCUGCAGCCUCUGGGCAAAAAACACGGUAGGCUCACAACUUUGGCCAAUUUAGGCUAUUUCCACCUUGAAUUGGCUUCCGAUCUUCCUUUGAGGUUCACCAUAUUCUCAGAGCAGGCUGCAAAGCCACAAUGGCCCAGGCCUUGCUAGCUUUGGGGCUGGGUACCCUAUACACACACAGGAGGAUUGCUUUUGGAAAUGAGACUCUGAUGUGGCCACGGCCGCCUCCAGCACAAAAUCUGCGUUUGGAGCCAUUCUAUCGGCACCCUUCCUUGGGUCUAGAAUGUAGCAUGUUGUGUGCCCCCCAUUGAGGGAAGACCUUGUCCCCCAAACCAAAAUUGUAGCACUUUUGUUUCUUCGAGAUCAGAACGUGGUGUCCGUUUAUUUUAUUUCUUUGGUGCGGCCAUCCUGGGAAUGUGAAGUCGCGGACUCUGAAAGGUGGGGACAGUCUCCCUGGAGAAAUAGUUUCCAGAACUAUUCCAAGUUAUUGGGCUUGGCUUUUGGAAUGAAGGUGGAGCCGGAACAGGGACAAGUUUGUGGCUCACUCUUGAACAGUUGUUCCCGAGUUACUUCUUCGGCAAGAAUAUUCUGGAUCCCACCUCCUUCUGGAGAGCAGAAUGUAGCAUUUGAGAUCCCCUUAAACCUUGUAUAUUUCCUUCACCGACUUUUCACUGCCACCUUCCCAACCGGAGUUAAGAUCGUCCAUUGAUUCCCUUGGCCCUCAACCCCUCCUUUUGUAUUCCUUUCAUUUUUAGCUCCCCGAAUUAAGCCGGUUUUGCAAACCAAGUUCGCACAAGUCGCUAGUCCUCAAGACCUCUGGCGGCCUCGUUUCCGAGGAAUUUGCCCCGCGUAUAAGAACAUGCAUGGGUUGGUGACUAGCAAGCAAAACACAGGAAGGACAGGCUAGCUCCCCAGUUUCCAAAAGUUCAGCUUGGUCACCUGGAAACAUUUCUGACUCGCCAGAGGCGAUCAGGGAUAGCCUGGCUAAAGCCCCAUUUCCCUUAUUGAUUAGAUGCAACCAUAUUAAAAAAUAUAUACGAUAUAAAAAAGCAGGGGGGUUCUCUUUUUAAAAAUAUAGACCCCAGUUUGAAUCUCUGCAGAUGUUUACAUCAGUCCCUAAAACUGUUGGCUGCAUCCUUCGUGGGUUUGAUAGCAAUUCAAGAAGCAGAGAGGGGAGAAAUCUGUCCUUUGGAAGGGAUUCAGCAGCCGUCGUCUGCUUCCGCGGCCUUGGAAAGGACAGUUGAUCCUGCCACGAAUACAAACCGAGCGGGUGUCAGGCGAGGUCGAAAACCUCCGUUCCAAAUCUUUUUUCAAAAAGAAGGGGGGGGAACGCACGCACGGAGGGUGGUUGGGGUUUUUUGGCACACUGCUCUCGGAAGGUCUUUUUAAAAAGCGUUGUACAUAGGUAUUCAUAGAUGUGUAUAUUUCCUUGUUUAACUUCAUAUACGAGAAGAACAGAGACAAUAAAUUUAUCCUACUGUGUAGGAACACCAAUCCGGAGGCCCUGUCCGGCAGAGCUGAGGACCUGUACAUUUGGUAUCCAGAAUUAUCUGUCCCAAGUCGAUGCUUGAAAUAUAUGUAUAAUCUCUUUGUGUCUUGAA